AUUGGGUAAGGAACAGUUAAUAAGAAAAUGCGCCUUGCUAACUGUGCACAUUACAACAAAGAGCUGGCAGCUCCUGAAGGAAAAGGGCUUGUGCCGCUGCCGUUCAAACUUGUCAGUCAACCCGUGCCAGCAGCCUCAGCGUCUGCCUCCCCAGCACACCCUCAUUACAUGUGUCUGUCUGGCCUGAUCUGUACAUCUGCUCGGAGACGCUCCUGCCUAGCCAGGGAUUUCUGCUCUCCUCCACCAGUGCUAAGAGAGGAUUUUUCCCUGCUUCUCCUGUCACCUCCACUCCUCUCCCGAAGGAGGCUCUUGCUGUAUGGUAGCUUUGGACUUACUUCACCAUCUGCCUGUCUUUGACUUCUAGAAUGGAAGAAGCUGAGCUGGUGAAGGAGAGACUCCAGGCCAUCACAGAUAAAAGAAAAAUACAAGAAGAAAUCUCACAGAAGCGUCUGAAAAUAGAGGAAGAAAAACUAAAGCACCAGCAUUUGAAGAAAAAGGCGUUGAGGGAGAAAUGGCUUCUAGAUGGAAUCAGCAGUGGAAAAGAACAGGAAGAGAUGAAGAGACAAAAUCAACAAGACCAGUACCAGAUCCAGGUUCUAGAACAAAGUAUCCUCAGACUUGAAAAAGAGAUUCAAGAUCUUGAAAAGGCUGAACUGAAAAUCUCAACUAAUGAAGAAGCAAUUUUAAAGAAACUAAAAUCAAUUGAGAGAACAACAGAGGACAUAAUAAGGUCUGUGAAGGUGGAAAAGGAAGAAACAUCAAGAGAGUCAAUUGAAGACAUCUAUGCUAAUAUCCCUGACCUUCCAAAAUCCUACAUACCUUCCAGAUUAAGGAAGGAAAGAAAUGAUGGAAUAGAAGAUGAUGAACAAAAUAGAAAAGCUUUGUAUGCCAUGGAAAUUAAAGUUAAAAAAGACUUGAAGACUGGAGAAAGUACAGUCCUGUCUUCAAUACCUCUCCCAUCAGAUGACUUUAAAGGUACAGGAAUAAAAGUUUAUGAUGACGGGCAAAAGUCAGUAUACGCAGUAAGCAAUAAUCACAGCCCACCGUUCAAUGGUACCGAUGGCCUGGCCCCAGUUGAGGUAGAGGAACUUUUAAGACAAGCUUCGGAGAGAAACUCUAAAUCCCCAACAGAGUAUCAUGAGCCUGUAUAUGCCAAUCCAUUUUGCAGGCCUACAACUCCACAGAGAGAGAAGGUGACCCCUGGACCAAACUUUCAAGAAAGGAUAAAGAUGAAAGCUAAUGGACUGAGUAAUGACAUGAGUGAACCCAUAUACCAUAUGGACAAUGGACUUACAGAGGAGAGGAGCAACAGCUUCAAUCAUGUCAGUCCUGUUCGACCAAUACCCCAUCCCCGAUCCAUGACUCAGCAAGCAGAGGAGAUGCCCUGCACCCUACAAAAGAGGCUGGUGACUCCUUGGGAAGAGUCGAACAUAAUGCAAGACAAGAAUGCACCCCCGUCAAAGGCGAGACUCAGUCCCAGCAAAGCACUCGUUGGCAAGUCAGAAUGCCAGGGUUCUGCUCCCACUUGCCAGGAGGACGAGGAAGAUGUGAGAUAUAAUAUCGUUCAUUCCCUGCCCUCUGACAUGAAUGAUAGAGAACCCGUGACGAUGAUUUUCAUGGGGUAUCAGCAGGCAGAAGACGAUGAAGAAGAAAAGAAGCUUCUGACGGGGUAUGACGGGAUCAUCCACGCUGAGCUGGUUGUGAUUGACGAUGAGGAGGAGGGUGAAGGAGAAACUGAGAAACCAUCCUACCAUCCCACAGCUCCCCACAGUCAGGUUUACCAGCCUACUAAACCAACACCACUUCCUAGAAAGAGAUCAGAAGUUAAUCCCCGUGAAAACGCAAGCCAUCAAUCUCCCCACAAAAAUUCCAUAUCCCUGAAAGAGCAAGAAGAAAGCUUAGGCAGCCCUGUCCGCCCUUCUCCACUGGGUGUUCAGACAGCUGGAGAUGGAACUGAGGAUCCAUCCCUAACAGCUUUAAGGAUGAGAAUGGCAAAGCUGGGGAAAAAAGUUAUCUAAGAGGUGUACCACCUACAUAAACAUCCUUUGGAGAAGAAACUAAGAAAUGUUUGCAACUUUCUCUUCUGGAUAUUUGUUUCUUUUCUUUUUUUUUUUUUUUUCUUUUUUUUUUUUUUUUUUUGAGAUCCAAAAUACUAUAAUUAUAACCAUAUUAAGUCAUAUGAAUAAGCAAUAGCCAUUAUUUGUAAAAAAAACUUCCAAAAAAGCUAAGGAGAACAAACGCUUAACUUUUCCAGUUACUUGACACGAUUUAGUGAAGGGGGGUGGGGGAGAUCAGCAUAUUUUAUUGUAUUGAUCUCAGAGCAUUUCUAAUGAGAGCUUGUUACAUUUAAGAAUAAAGUUAUUUAAAAUAUCCUGA